AUGGCGCUGAUGGCGACGCUGUGGAGAACAUGUCGCCUGUUGACUUGCAGGGCCUCCGUCCUUCAUCCCGCCGCAGCCCGAUUGCAAAGCUCGGUUAGUGGCGCCUUAGUGCCUCUGACCUCGCUGUCCAGACCUCCUUGGCCGGAGACGAAGCUGGUGCCGGAGGAGGAGCAGCGGCGGCAACACGCCGCCCUGACGAGCGCCGUCAACCGGCUGAUCGAACAAGGCGACUAUGGGCGCCUCUUCGCUGUGGUGCACUUCGCAGGCCGACAAUGGAAGGUGACGGACGAGGACCUGAUCCUUAUCGAGAACGACAUAGAGGUGGAGUGCGGCGAGCGCCUGCGCCUGGAGAAGGUGCUUCUGGUGGGGGCGAGUGACUUCACGCUGGUGGGCAGGCCGCUUCUGGCCAAGGAGCUGGUUCGUGUGGAUGCCACUGUGCUGGAAAGGACAGACUCGUGGCCCAAAGUGCACAUGCGCUUCUGGAAGAGGCACCGCUUUCAGCGCAAGAGGAUCAUAGUGCAGCCGCAGACCGUGCUCAGGAUCAACCGCAUCCAGCUGGCGCCUGCGCUCACGUGA